GCACCUCACCCAACUGCCAAACAACAGCAUGGUGAAAAAGCGCUUGGCAAACUCGCUAAGCUUUCAUGUUAAAAAACUUCGGUUCGACGCACUUGAAUGGGAUACGCCUCUGAAGCCUUUGCGGCUUGCUCAUGAGCAGAUUUGUUCAUUCAACGUCGGUAAAGAUGGCGAAUCGCUCUAUGUUCCAGGAACACCCCCAAACUGGGCCAGGAAGCCGCUACCGCGGAAUACUCCUUUGCUCCCGCGUGUACGGCAUGUGACCUCGCGGGAUCCGCUGUUGAGAGAAUGUCAUUUCACGCCGAUGCUCACUGCACUUGCAAUAACCAAUCCGGCAUAUAAUCUCAGCGACGUGUUCUUUAUAACCACGAGUGCACUCUUACAGAAGUUGAUGGAAUUGAUUCAGUCUAACCAAUACCGCACCAUACCUGAGGCUUUCAAAGUUAAUGUCUCGAUGGUGGGAAAUACCGCAUUGAUGAGCUUGGAUGUCGAAAAACCCUGGGAACGCACGGCAAUGCAGGAAGAAUUCACUGAACCAAAGCCAGGAUGGGAAGACAGUUACGUACACUGCCGAGCGAUACGCUACAAAUUACACGGGCUUGAUGUUAUUGUUGAGCACCCGGUCGACGCGGACACUAGCCAGUAUCGUUCGCCCACACGUUCGCUCGUACGGCAAAGGCUGGAGAAGCCAUACCUACCCCAAAUGCUUUUUCCCCCGAAGGAUUUUAAAGGACGACCCAAAAAGACUGCACCAUCAGGAAGAGUAGUUCCGCCAGCAAAGCCAGGAGAAGAUACGCGCCUUGGGGAUUCAAAUGUACACUUUUGCGGGUUCGGCACCCGCCCAGACCGGUUCGGGUCUAUUCGACCGUUGAGUUCACAGCACGAGCAGCAGAAUUGGUCCCCUGAGACGUUUUACAAAGAAAAAUUGAGACGAGCGGACCUCUGGUUUAACCGCUCACCCAUGUCCUUAAACUAUGCGCAGGAUCCCCACAGGGAGACGGUUGAUGGGAUCCCAACUGACAUGCACAGAGUGUAUGGGCAUAGAAUUUUUACGAUGGAUCAUCGGCAUAAGGAGUUUGCAAAAUUCUCAGCGAAGGCAAUCCUCGAGACAGAGUUACUUCUUUUUGGGUUAAGGAAGAUGGCUAAGAAAUCGCGUACUGGCAGCUGCCAAGUUUAUUGGAGUCCUGAUGAGGAAACUCUUCUGCAACGCCAACCGAUCAACCUAUUCAGUCCAAUUCAAACUGUACCGGUUGGAUUAAGGCAGCAAUUCUGGCCGGGAUCGGAUGAGGAUGUAAAGCGGGUAGAAGAAAGAAGAGCUAAAGUUUUACGCAAGAUGGGAGUUAAGCCCAAUGUGUAA